AGUGAAAGAGUAAGACAUUAGCUCAUUACAGCAGUACUUCUCUCAUAUUCUUCGAAUGGUUAAGGAGAGCAUUUCAAAAAUUUCUAUGAAGGACAACUACGUGGAUAAAAGGGCAAAGAUUCUCAUUGAGCAUUUUACAUUUAACCGUUACUGUUCUUAGGAAAACUGACUCACGACUAGACAAAUAUGGACUUGAAGAAGUGAACUGCUUUAUUAUUACUCAAUCCCUGGAAGAAGAUCUGGAGUGUGUGGACCAAAAGCUUGAAGAAUGCAGGCUGUGCCUGGUUUUAGAUGCAGAGAGCAGGGUGAGGGCUCUUUGCAGCAACUCAUGCCAAGAAUGGUACGGGUAACAGGAGUAGGAGGACAAGGAUCCAGUGCUGGGGGUGUCCAGGGGCCUCACAGAUCCUCAAAACCCCCUCGUGAGCUUAGUGUGGAAGAGCAACAGGAGCUACGGAGAAAGAUCAACAGUCGUGAGAGAAAGAGAAUGCAGGACCUCAACGUGGCCAUGGAUGCUUUACGGGAGGUCAUGGUGCCCUACUCUUCGCCUACUGGUGUAGGUGGAACACUGCAGCACCCUUAUCUCCCUCCUGGAGCCCCUCCGACCGGACGCCGCCUGUCUAAGAUCUCCACUCUGGUGCUGGCCCGUAACUACAUCCUUCUCCUAGGCUCCUCCUUGCAGGAGAUGAGGCGUCUGCUGGGCGAGGUCAGCAUUGGGAUGGGCGUCAGUGGGACUGUACCACGUCUGCUGCUGACAGGGGGUUGGCCAUUUCUUACCGGGCCAGGACAACUUCUGCUUUCCCCUCCUGAGCAGCAAAUGGGUGCAGCAAAGUGCCCUCUUCUGCCACACGGUACCCAGGAGGAGCCCUUGGCAUGGGGGUCAGGCAGCAUGUCAGAGAGCCCGGUGUGCCAGUGUGGGGUGUGCCGGACCCCACGGGUGGUGCAUGUUAAUCCCUCUACACGUUUCUCAAAAUGAUUCCAACAUGCCUUGGAGAAAGGCUUGAAAAAAGAACAAUACAACAAUGCGGUUUUUGAUGUAUGUGAAGGGUGGGGUGUCUGGUUCAUUUUUUGGUAACACUUUAAAUAAAGGUUCAAUUUGUUAAUUUUAAGGAAUAGGUGAACCUGUUCACCCACAAGUUAUUUCGUAAUUUCUUUACCAUCUUGACAUUUCUAAACCUGCUCGACUUUCUUCUGUGGAAGACAAAUGAAGAAAAAUUUAUUUGUACCACAGAAGAAAGAAUGUCACAUGGUCUUGAAAUGCUGGUAGAUGAUGGUAGAUGGCAACAUUUUUGUUGUCCCUAAGUAUCUAAAAAACACUGAGCGUGCAUUUUGGUUCACGUUAGUUUCCACAUAUCCUAACACAUUUCAACUUGAACGUGCAAAUUUGUAUUUGGCUAAGUAAACCCUUUUAAGUGUUACCAAUAUUUUCUUUUGCAAAACUCUCCAAUAUAUGUUUCCCAUACAGUUGCUCUCUACUUUGUAUUUGCUAACAAUUAAACU